AUGUACACGGUACAAUUUAAUAUUAUGAGAAAUGAUGUUAACAAAUUUAUACGACAAGGAAAUGCUAAGCGGGUGGAGUUCCUUCAAUCUUUUACUUUUUCUUCGAAGUACAAAGAUGGCAAGAGUAAUGUAGUGGUUGAUGCAUUGUCUAGGAGGAGCUAUUUGUUAGCUGUGGUUGAUGCUAGAGUUCUUGGGUUUGAACAUGUCAAGGCUUUGUACAAGGAUAAUUUGGUGUUUGCUAAGGAGUUAGAGAAGCCUAGUCAUGAUAAUUCUGUUCAAGAGGGGUUUUUGUUAAAAGGUAAUAAGCUAUGCAUUCCUAAUUGUGAUGAUGUUCAAGGGGUGAUUUCUAGGUGUGCUAGUUGUCAACGAGCCAAAAGUACCUUUUAUAAGGGGUUAUACACGCCUUUACCAGUUCCAAACAUGUCUUGGGAGAGUGUAAGUAUGGAUUUCAUAGUGGGGUCGCCUAGAACUCAAAGGGGAAAGGAUUCUAUCAUGGUUGUGGUGGAUCGCUUCUCAAAGAUGGCACACUUUGGUUCCAUGCACAAAAUUGAUGAUGCGCAACAUGUGGCUGAUUUGUAUCUUAGAGAGAUUGUGAGAUUACAUGGUGUUCCUAGGAGUAUAGUCUCAGAUAGAGAUUCCAAGGGUGACCUUGUUCACGUGGAUUCAAAGAAGAGGGCUAAAAUUGAGAAGAUGAAUCAACAAUACAAGGAAAGAGCUAUUAAGCACCGGAAACAAGCUAUGUUUCAGCCGAGUGAUUUAGUAUGGGUUCACCUAAGAAAGGAAAGGUUUCCUGGAAAAAGAAAGAAUAAAUUGAUGCCUAAUGGUUGA